AUGAUUGAUGAUGAGGCCAACUUCGGCAAUAUCCUUGAUGCCUCAGAAGAAGUUCAGGCUACUGCAAAGUUCCGUCCCAAGCAACGUCCCAAACCCCGAAAAACAGCUCUGUCAUCCAGAUCUGCAGCGCCUAAUCCUACUGAAGAAACUGGAGAUGGGAAAGUAGGAGCCUUAAAUCAAGUCAAUUCUUCUAAAGAGCUCACCAGUGAAGAAAGGACAUCCUUAACGUGCCCUGGUAGUGAGUCAGUUGAUACUGUUGCUGGUUCUCAUGACAGGAUUUCUCAAGAUGGUGAGCACAAUGAUGAUCCUUCUAAGUUAGCUAUACACCAAGAAAACUCGGUGGUUUCAGAUAUCAAUGUGUCACCUAACAGUUCAUGUGGCAAGGCUAUUGAUGAUAUAGUUGAAUUUGGGGACAUGUGUGAUGCACAAGUUGAAGAGGAAAGAGUUCCAAAGUUCCAGCCAGAGGCACAGACGAAGCUCCUUAAGGAAACAGCCAAAUCUCGGAAGACUAACCAAAAGGUGGAAGCUUCCACUGUAGAUGUGGUUACACAAAAUGGAAAGGGCAAUAAUAUUCAGACAAGACUCCAUGACGAUCAGGUACAGGAUCCUAAAAGUCAUGAAAGUGUGCAGAUCCCAGAUUCUGAAGGACUAUUGGCAACUGAUAAUAGUAAAAGUUGCAGUUUAGCUAACCUCGACAGUGUCCUUGAGGAGUCAGUUCAAGAGGAAACAAUAGCUAAGUUUCGUCCUAAAUUGCAACCGAAGCCUGGGAAGGCUUCAUCCAAGGUUGCUGUGACUAAAAAUAAUGUUGCUGCUGUUGCUCCAAUGGUUGGAGUUUGUCUCGGCAACAAUGAUAUGUGCAGAGAACCUAAAGAUCAAGAAACCAUCACCGGUCCAGCCGCUUGGUCACCACAGGCUGUGCAUGCUACUGUUGAUGUAGACUAUCACAACGAACUAAUUAAUCCUCCUACCGAUGGUACUCAAUCAAUGGUUGGCAAAGUCCCAGGAAGAGGAAAGGGAAAAUCAAAAUCUGUAUCUUUUGCUCUAUCGGAUGCUUCUGGGGUAGGUACUCCUACAGAUACCAAUUCUGAGAUGGGUAACAUCGGCAAUUCCUGUAGUGACAAAUUGACUGAUGAAAAUUUAAGUAACCCAUCUCAGCAGAUGACUGAAAAGCAUUCUAUUACUGAGGACCAAUAUUCAAAUGAUCAGGACCACGAGAGGGAGCCACUAGAUCAUCUGGUUGAACAGCAACCAAAUUCGGAUGUUGGAGAAAUAGCAUCAUCUAUGAAACUAUGUUGCAGGAAAAAGUUGCAAAAAGUUGGGACACCUAAUCACACUGUUGAUGACUAUUUUGAUGAAGACUGUGUUGAACCUUCAUUAUCUGAAGAAGAUAAUGAUAGUGGUGGUGAUCACACUACUGGUAAUAAGCGCAAGGCUAGGAAAAAGUCAAGGGUUGGUGUAGAAGAGUCACAACAGCAGAAAGUUCAAAAAAAUAAAAGCAAGGUGUCUUCACGGGGCCGCAAAAGAACCUUGAAGGAUGAAUUGGCAGCGAAGCCUGAGAAGAAGCUAACCCACAGAAUUCGUCAGAGGACACCAAAAGAGAUUGAGACUUUACUGGAAAGUGAGAAGAUAGAUCCCAUGAAGCUAAGUGCAGCACAUCUCAGGUUGUUACAAGAAGCUAGAGCGCAUGUUAAUCCAAAAGAGACUCCAUCUGGGCCAUCCUCUAAUACAAGAAGCUUUGAACUAGAAGAUAUGGAUGAUUUGGACUACAGAGAUGAGGAAGCUAGGUUCUUUGACAACGAUGGAACAGAGAACCAUGUACAAAAUGCAACAAAAUUGAACUACCAAUCCUACAUGAACAAACCAGCCCGAGGAAAAUGGUCAAAAUCAGAUACUGACUUGUUUUACGAGGGUCUUCGACAAUUUGGUAGCGAUUUUGCAAUGAUACAACAAUUAUUCCCUGAUAAGACUCGCCAUCAGGUGCGGCAAAAAUUUAAAUCUGAGGAGAAAAAAAAUCCAUUGCUAAUCCAUGAUGCUAUAAUUCAUCGCUCAGGAGAUAAUUUGUAUUUCAAAAAGGUAAUUAAGCAGCUCAACAUUGAAGAUGUUGUGCUGCCAGAGAUUAACAAUACACAAAAACAAGAUGGCGCAUCAAGUGAAAGAGGCCCUGGAAAUGAGAAUGUACUGGAUGAUUUCAACGAGGAAAAUAGUUCAAAUUGGUCGAACGAAGAGCACGGCGGACAGAUGGCUGAUGUGCAAGAAGAGCAUGAUCUUGGAAAUGGUGGUGAUGAUGAUGAUCUUGGGGAUGUUUUUGAUUGGUACUAG